CGCCGACUUCACGCCCACUAUGCACCCAGUUUCUUUCCCGUUGGCUGCCUCUCCGGAAAAUACACGAUUGUCCACCAAGAUAUAACAGUUGGUACUAAGACUGUUGGUUGGACAAACGUGAGUUUUGAAGACUUCGGCUUUGAUUCAGAGAGGAUCUGACGAGCUUUUUCCCAGCAUCUCCAGCAGCCCAUAUAUCAUGAACACCACAGCCAAUGGCAACGACAGCAAGAAGUUCAAAGGUGACUUAGGGGGGCCACGGACACCGUCCAGGGUCAUCCACCUCCGCAAACUUCCAAACGACGUGACAGAAACGGACGUGAUUGGACUUGGCCUGCCUUUCGGAGACGUCACCAACCUGCUUAUGCUAAAAGCCAAAAGUCAGGCUUUUCUCGAGAUGAAUUCAGAGGAAGCUGCGCAGAACAUGGUGGGCUACUACUCCACUGUGGUCCCCUUCAUCAGGAGCCAGCCCGUCUAUGUCCAGUUCUCCAAUCACAAGGAGCUCAAGACAGACCACUCUCCCAACCAGGAGAGAGCGCAGGCUGCUCUGAGGGCCCUUAACGCCACUCAUGUGGAUCCAAAUGCCAUCAUCCCUAGUACAGUGCUGCGGGUGGUGGUGGAGAACCUGCUGUAUCCUGUCAGUCUGGACGCCCUCUGCCAGAUCUUCUCCAAGUUUGGCACGGUGCUGAGGAUCAUCGUCUUCACCAAAAACAGUCAGUUCCAGGCUCUGUUGCAGUACCAAGACGGUGCAUCUGCUCAAACUGCGAAACUGUCUCUGGACGGACAGAACAUCUACAAUGGCUGCUGUACUCUUAGGAUCAGCUUCUCCAAACUCACCACCCUCAACGUCAAGUUCAACAACGAGAAGAGCCGCGACUUCACUCGACCAGAUCUGCCCACUGGGGACAGCCAACCGGUCAUGGAGCACCCAGCCAUGGCUACAGCGUUCACGCCAGGAAUCAUCUCAGCUGCUCCAUAUACCGGCGCUAAUCAUGCUUUCCCUCACGCCUUUGCUCUGCCGCCAACAGUCUCCUCCCCCUACGCAGGCCUGACAGUCCCGGCGCUGCCAGGCGCUCUGGCCUCUCUAUCUUUCCCUGGGGCGACUCGACUGGGCUUCCCACAAAUCCCAGAAGGGCACUCGGUCGUGCUGGUCAGCAACCUCAAUGCAGAGAGAGUUACGCCCCACUGCCUCUUUAUUCUCUUCGGUGUGUAUGGUGACGUGAUGCGGGUGAAGAUUCUCUUCAACAAGAAGGAAAACGCUCUGGUGCAGAUGUGCGAUGCCACGCAGGCUCAGCUAGCAAUGAAUCACCUUAGCGGCCAGCGGCUGCACGGGAAGCCGCUGCGCAUCACGCUGUCCAAGCACACCAGCGUCCAGCUCCCCCGCGAAGGCCACGAGGACCAGGGUCUGACCAAAGACUACAGCAACUCUCCGCUGCACCGCUUCAAGAAGCCUGGCUCCAAAAACUACUCGAACAUCUUUCCCCCGUCAGCCACGCUGCACCUCUCAAACAUCCCUCCUUCAGUGGUGGAAGAUGACCUGAAGAUGUUGUUCUCCAGCUCAGGAGCUCUGGUCAAAGCCUUCAAGUUCUUCCAGAAGGACCACAAGAUGGCACUGAUUCAGAUGGGCUCCGUGGAAGAGGCCAUCGAGUGUCUGAUCGAGUUCCACAACCACGACUUGGGCGAGAACCACCACCUGCGAGUCUCCUUCUCCAAGUCGUCCAUCUGAGCCUCGGCGCCGGGACGCGCCCACUACACUCCCGUCAUUCCAAGACAGAGUCACAGCUGGUGUGAAGUUAAAUUAUUUAAAAAAAAAAACAACUCUUUUUAGGUUUCGCCGCGAAAGGGUUUUAAGGUCACUUUCCAAGACCCUGGAGUUCCGAGAUUAUUCUCAGAAUUCUCAAGUCGUUUAAAAGAGUUCAGGGAGUCGAGUCCGUUUGUUUGCUUCUGGAUCUUCUGCCUUUCUCGUUGUUACAUCGUCGCCACGUUUGCCUUCGGACUCAGAUCUUCAGAAGUGUUUUGUCUGUGUAAAAGGUCGUCAAAUUCCGACUCUGUCAAUUCUGUCUCUAAUCUCUGACCCUAGUCAAUUCCCUGUGGCCUUAAUCCUCUCUGCAGUUUGGUUUGCGUUACCGAUCGGUUUGUAGAGGAGUCGAGCCUUCAGACGAUCCCUGUGCCUUAACCCUGGCCCGCCAGGACAACUCGACUUCGACAUGUAGAAACUCCCUUCAUGCCUCUGUGAAUUGGCAGGUUUACAGGCGCUAACGGUUUACUGAGGAGCUGUGCUGGCGUAUAUUCACUUCUAUAUCGAUUGUCCGUGUAUCCAUGAUUGUGUUUUGUUUGUUCUGCUGGUUACUGUAGCAACAAGGAUGUGAACUGUUGUAGCGGGUCUGCUGGGUUUUUAGAUGCAAUUUUGAUUUCUUCGUAUGCAAUCAAUUUUUUUUUAUUCCAAUCGAAUAUUGUAGCAAUAUUUUAAUCAUUCCUGAAACUCUUCUUCGUCGCCUUUGUUCCUCUUGGUGGUUUUAUUUAUAUGUUUGUGAUCCACUACAGCUGAAACCAAAAACGGCCUUUUAGAUGCAAAACAAACGCGCCUGCCUCAGGUUUCUGGUGAACUGGUUCAGGCUUCUUUUCCUUUACCUGUGGGAAUGUUUUGGGUUUUUUUUUUCUCCUCCUCGGGCCGCGUCACCGGACUCGACUCAGUGGUGCGACUUCAUUGCACAACAGACAUAAAGCGGAGUGCCUUCAACACAUUCGUACAUCAGGACUUGAUUCCUUCUGAUUCUUCUGAUUCUGAGACCCGGGCGGCCGUCAUGUGGACCCCGGAAAGUAGAAGUUGCUGGUUCCAUGGAUGCAUGUCUUAAUGUUACUCGUUGCCCCUGCGCUGCCGCGGUUUCCCCCACUGACUGCUGUGCUGCGUUCAGGUCCCUGUCCGUGAUGCUGUAGCUGUUGAGGUGUUCACUGAUGUCGUGUGGAGCCCGUCGGAGCUAAGCGUUGCUAACUGUAGACACUAAGUACUCCAGAGAAUGUGAAGAGCGCUUACUCUGCUGCUUUUUCUGAAGCCUGAGCUGUUUUUUAGACCCCGACAUGUUUGGUUUGAGGUGACUCGAGUGUCGUCCCUUCAGCCAUGCUACUCCUCAAUGGAAAAAGCGCCAUCGACCACGGCGGAAAUGACAUUUACAAGCAGGCGGGAUGGUAGUGCAAGCAGUGAAAGAACCUAAGUUGAACCCUGGUCCUGUAUAACGGCAAACUUGUUAGCUCUAGUUGUUCCCCGUCACCUUCCACUUCUUUUGCCCAUUACUUUGCCCUCACAGUUACCUUAGUAUGGCCGCACUUGAUCUGGUUGCUCUCCUACCUGGUCCUGCUGAGUGUUCUGAUGUCUAUUCGCCUGGCUCCCACUAUCACUAUUAUGUGAAUGCACCCCCUCACACUCGAUCUGCUCCCAAGGUACCACUUCAGCUCCAUGGUACGUCUGUGGGGAUGAAGCACAUCGGGUCUCCAUCCGAGACCCUCUGACAUGCUCAGCAAAAUGGUGACUCUGUGAUGUAGUGUCACCGUGCAACUCUUGACACCACCAUGUUGUGGCAUGACAAAAGCCAAACACAGACCUGGGCCCCCAGUAGUGGACGCCACCAGCAUUCCGCUCCCUGCUAUGGCGAUUUGUGAUACCAUAGUCAUCACAGAGUAGCGAGGAACUCUGACAGCACACUCCUCAGUUGCAAUCCUACGUGUAGCACCGUUGACUGAAACGGUGAUGUUGCUUCGACGUGAAAAAAUAUGUCAAACCUAUCGCACACAGUGGUCGAUGUGUAAACCCAAUAAAAGUUUGGUUGCCCCUCAACUGACUUAAGAGCACUCACUCAUCACAAUUCUUCUGAUCAAACAUGCCGGGCUUCUUUUUUUAAAUCUCUCGUUUCAUCUUAGAUGUUAUGGUGUUGUUACUGCUCCCACAUGUACAUGUAGGGGCCCCCUCCACCAUCAGCUACAGUCAGAAGCGUUCUAUAUGGAUCUGGGGGGACAUGAAGUGCGGUCUUGUGGCUGUGCAGCAGAGCGAUGCCUCAUCAGUGUAAUGUCUGACUCAGGGCUGGCGAACAGAACUGGGACCAAAAAGACCAGAACUGAGCGGCCGCCACAGACGAGUGUAAAUAUCUUACUGUGUUGAUGUCGCUGCAUGUCAGACAUCCAGACUGUGGCGGCUUUUUAUUUAACAAACCCGUUCGGGUGACCUGAACGCAUCAUGAGGCCUCCGGCGGAGCGGGUGGGGGUGUGACACUGUACAUACGUGUUUUAUACGGCAGGUUUCGUGUCCGAGAGGUGAUUGUUGUUGUCGUUUUUUUUUUUUUUUUUUUAAUGGAUGACACGUGUAUAUUUUGAUCCAAGUGUGCCGUUGUGAGCUGUCGAUGUCACAGCGACGAGAAAAAAAAUUAAAUCACUUUUUAUCUAAAAGCUGUUUAGUUUGUUUAAUGUUUUUGUCCCUCAGUUUCGCCUGACGAUAAGAACUGGAGUCACGUUCGAGGUACACGACGGAGCGAUCAUGUAAACCGAUAACGGCAUGCUGUUUUUUUUUGAAAAUGACAAGAUGAGCAUUUGUGCCUACUGUUAUGGAAAUGUAAACGGUUUACUUUGUGUUAAUAUUACUUCUGUUGAGCCUUAUUUAGAAACAGGGGGCCACUGUAUAUUUGUGAAUGUUUUCGUUACAAGUAAAGUCCAUUCGCCUGAAGUGUUAAGUUUUUUCGUCGACCUUGUAUUUGAAAAUAUAUUCGUUCAUUCAACUUUAGAGUUGUUACUAUAUAACAGGUUGACAUGUAGAAAUUGAUUUAUUUUUAAAGGGGAUUUUUUUUUCUGAACAGGUGAAUAAUAGAGGGGUGAGGAGUAAGAAAUUAAAUUUAAAAAAAUGUCCAGAACGACCGUUACAUAUGUUGAACGCGUUGGGAAUUGAACAGAAAAUAUUGUACUCAGAUACAUAUAAACCGUAUAUUAAAUAAAUCACUUGCACUGUGAUUCAUAUAUUCAUUAUAUUAUAAAAGCACGUAGCAAAAUAAAUUUUGGAUAUAAUUUAAUCGAAUGUGUGACUAGCUGCACUGUAUUUGAUAUAGUCC